GUCAACUCACCCCAAAUAAUUCUCCUGUUAACUCUCCCACUCAUUCCACCACUCAAAAUUCCCAUAUUCACUCUGCUCCUCCUCCAGCCGACACCAAUAGCCAACUCGCUUCUUCCUAUCCUCCAUACCACCUCUGCUCAGUUACCGGUUGCUCCCACUUCUUAUAAAAAGGCAUUGUCCAGCCCGGAAUGGCAUCAAGCUAUGACGGACGAGUUUCAAGCCCUUCAAAAAAAUAAAACAUGGUCUCUCGUUCCUCCUUCCUCCUCGCAAAAUAUUAUUGAGUGUAAAUGGGUGUUUCGAGUUAAACAAAAUCUGGAUGAUUCCUUAGCACGAUAUAAAGCAAGACUUGUUGCCAAAGGUUUUCAUCAGCGUCUCGGGAUAGAUUUCACGGACACCUUCAGUCCGGUUGUCAAACCGGCUACCGUCCGCCUUGUCCUUACAAUUUUCGUCACUCAUGGUUGGCCCAUUCGCCAAGUUGAUGUCAAUAAUGCUUUUUUUGCAGGGCACUUUAUCUGAAAAGGUUUAUAUGCAACAACCUUCAGGAUUUAUUGAUAAACAAUUUCCGGAUCAUGUUUGCCUCCUUCAUAAGGCUCUUUAUGGAUUACGCCAGGCGCCUCGUGCUUGGUAUUAUGAGUUGCGGUCAUUUUUACUUCAUUAUGGAUUUCAUAAGAGCAAAAGUGACACUUCAUUAUUCAUCUACUCUAUUGGAAGUACUCUAUGGAUUACGUUGAUGAUAUUAUUUCUACCGGCAAUAAUUCUAAGGUGCUAAUGUCAUGUAUUUCUUCUUUGGCUCGUCGGUUCAGUUUGAAGGAUCUUGAUUCUCUAUCCUACUUUUUGGGUUUAGAAGCUACAUGGACUCCUCAGGGAUUAUAUCUCACUCAACAUAAAUGUAUUCGUGACUUACUCGCACGAACUGGCAUGCAUUCUGCAUCUGCUACUCCCACACCUAUAUCCUCCAGUUAGCCUCUCUCUCUUUCUCUGAUGGGUCUCCUCCCCAUGAUCCCACCGAAUAUCGCAGUAUUCUGGGUGCACUUCAAUAUUUAUCCUUCACUCGUCCGGAUAUUAAUUUUGUGGUCAACAAACUUUCUCAAUAUAUGCAUUCUCCUACUACCAGGCACUGGCAAGCGGUAAAACGUGUAUUGCGUUAUCUUCAAGGAACUUCUACUUAUGGUCUCUUCAUUUCAGCUCGCACGCCUCUGUCUCUUCAUGCUUUUGCUGACGCUAAUUGGGCCGGUGAUCUUGACUCCCGCCGCUCUACCUCUGCAUAUGUGGUUUUUAUUGGUUCUACCCCAAUCAGCUGGAGCUCCAAAAAACAGAGUACGGUUGGUCGCUCUUCAAUUGAAGACGAGUAUCGUGUCAUUGCCUCUGCCUCAGCUGAACUUGUCUAGCUACGCAACCUUCUUGGUGAACUUCAUUUUUCACUUUGUGGUGCUCCCAUAGUUUUUUUUUGAUAAUGUUAGUGCUAUGUAUGUGUGUGCAACCCAGUUUUUCACUCCCGCAUGAAGCAUGUUGCUAUUGAUUUUCACUUUGUUCGGGAACAAAUCCGCAAUGGCCUACUUCGUGUCACCCAUGUUCAUACAAAGGAACAACUAGCAGACUCAUUGACUAAGCCUUUGUCACGCCAUCUCUUUCAAACACAUCGUUCCAAGCUAGGAGUCCUUCCACGACCGCCUCGCUUGUGGGGGCAUGAUAAAGUAUAAAUUAAUAACACACGUAGCUAGUAUUUAUCCUUUAUUUUAUUGUAUAUGUCAACUCCAACUACUUGUAUAUUUUAGCCUAGCUUUUAGGAUCCUGGAGCUUAUCACAUGUUGAGUUGUUCACCAACAUGCUUUACGUAAGUGUAUAUAUAUAUAUGGCUAAGACCAUAACAUAUAAUGAAGUAUCUCAAUUAUUAUCUCAUACCUAAUAUAUUCUUUAGCAUUAAAUCCUUUAAUAACAAGUGAAUGGAUUAGUUUAGCGA